AUGCCGCCAGGCCGACUCAUGUUGCUUCUCCACUUCUUGCUUCUUCUCGUGUUCGUCGCCGCUAAAGAUGCUCGCAUUAACCGACGCGCCAUUGUAACGCGAUACAAUCCGACCCGCAAUGCUUCCAGCCUAACGACCCCGAUGCAAGUGGGUAACGGGAAUUUCGCGUUUGGGGCAGACGUCACCGGCCUUCAAACUUUCCAAAGAUUCGCAAUCAUGUCUACAUGGGGCUGGAAAAACGAUUCGCUCCCUCCUGGUAUGACAAGUGAGGAUAUUUACAACUAUUCUGGAGUUAGCUUGGAUAACCAUGGGCGCAAUGUCACCUACAUGUUCAACGGACCGCAACCUAUGCUCCAAUGGAUGAUUUCUAAUCCAAACCGCGUCAACCUGGGUGCAAUCGGCCUCGUUUUCUAUUCCGAGGAUGGGAAGGAAUUGCAGUUAGCAGAGAGCAACCUGACCGAGAUCAAACAAGAGUUGGAUCUGUGGACUGGGACGAUGACAAGUCGUUUCGUAUUCGAUGGUUUUCCCAUCAAUAUUCAGACCGUAUCAGCCCAAACAGUGGAUGGUGUCGGGAUCACUAUCAAGUCUCCGUUGUUGAGAAGUAACCGUCUGGGUUUGUUCAUUGACUUUCCUUGGAAUGACGGAUCAUCAAAAUUCUCCGACCCGUUCGUCGGAACGUGGACGAAUGCCUCCAUCCACACCACAACACUCGAAAUUGCGCCUCGAAAGAGUGUACACGCCGAAAUUUACCACACUCUUGUAGCCUCGCAGUUCAUCACAUCACUGGGCGGCGACAACUUCAACAUUUCGCGCAAUUUACCUUCAGACCAUCGCUACACCAUUCGGCCCACAUCGCACUCAGGAAGCUUCUCGUUUUCUACUCUCUGGGGUUUGCAGCGACCUCGAUCGAUUCCGUCCGUCGGGGACAUGAGCUCCUCCUCAACGCAGGCUUGGGAAGCCUUUUGGUCUAACUCAGGCUUUGUCGAUGUUGUUACAGGUUCGACCGACCCAAGAGCGGACGAGUUGCAACGCAGAAUCAUCUUGUCGAGAUACCUAAUGCGAGUAAACGAGGCAGGUGAUUAUCCGCCCCAAGAGUCUGGAUUGGUGAACAACGGAUGGGUAAGUUCAUGUCCCCCUUUCUUCCCUUCCAAGUUUCAAGCCAAAGUAAUAAGCACCAGAAAAUUCCACUUGGAGAUGUUCUUCUGGCAUGCGCAGCAUUGGGCGUUGUGGAACAACUGGGAUAUACUCCUAGAGUCCAGCAGCGUUUAUGACCGUUUUCUUCCAACCGCUAUUGCGCGUGCCCAGGUUCAACAAGGGUGGCCAGCUGGCGCAAGAUGGGGUAAAAUGAGUGACCCCUCAGGUCGUUCGGCGCCAGGGCAAAUCAAUGAGCUGCUUAUUUGGCAGCAGCCACAUCCACUGUUUUUCGCGACCUAUGAGUAUCGUGCCUUUCCGACUCCGACAACCUUACGCAAAUGGGAGGCCGUCGUUCGUAAUACAGCCGACUGGAUGGCGAGUUUCGCUUGGUUCAACACGUCCACGGGAGUUUACGAUCUGGGGCCGCCAAUGUAUCAAGUUGCCGAAGACAAUGUUUUCAACAACACGCUGAAUCCCGCAUUUGAGCUUGCACAGUGGCGGUUCGGUUUCACUCUCGCUGAAGCCUGGAUCCAGCGUUUGGGUGAAGAGGUUCCCGGAAGUUGGUCGACUGUGCGGGAGGGGUUGGCGAAGUUGCCGAUAACAAAUGACACCUACAAGGUAUAUGAAGAUGUUGAAGACGAAUUCUGGAGCGACCCAACAUACAUCAACGACCAUCCUGCCCUUGUGGGUCUUCAUGGUUGGCUACCACCGACGCAGGGUCUGGACCUCGGAAUUGCGAAGUUGACGACCGAAAAGGUAUGGGCUGCGUGGAACAUUUCCAACUUAUGGGGCUGGGAUUUCCCAUUGCUCGCCAUGUCAGCGGCACGUAUUGGCCAACAAGAGCAAGCGAUAGAAUGGUUGUUGCAUCCGCUGUUCGAGUUUGACGAUGUUGGUAUGCCGGUCGGAGGAGUGAGGGUCCCAACGCCUUAUUUUCCGGGCUCUGGCUCGUUAUUGUUGGCGAUUGCAAUGAUGGCAGAAGGAUGGGACGGAAGUGAAGGCCCCGCGCCAGGAUUUCCAGGCAAAGGAUGGGGCAUACGGGCAGAAGGGUUGAGCAAAAUGAUGUAA